AUGGCAAAACGAAAGCGCACCGUGAACCUCACGCAGGAAUAUAACAAAACCAAAGCCCCGGUACCUACAAAGAAAGUCAAAGCCACGGCCCCCUCUACCCCCGCAACGAAAGCUCCAACUACUAUCCAAAUCGUCGCGGGGUCCUACGAUCGAGUUCUCCACGGCGUCACAGCAACCAUAUCUUCCAAUGACGAAGUCCAAUUCGCAGACACUUUCCUCUUCAAUGCUCAUGCCUCAGCAAUUCGCUGCCUCGCCCUCUCCCCAGUCUCUGCACCGGUCCCGAAACAAACACAAAAGAUCAUUCUCGCCAGCGGCAGUACCGAUGAACGCAUAAAUCUCUACCACCUCUCUGCACACGCUCCCUCAAAGAUUACCGUCCCAGUUAUCCCAUCCCUCACCUCAAAAGCCGUGGUUGAGAAUCCCCAGAACCGCGAAUUGGGCUCCUUACUACAUCAUUCAAGCACAGUCACUGCUCUGUAUUUCCCGAAUCGGAGCAAGCUGCUGAGUUCGGCAGAGGAUAGCACAAUUGCGGUAACGAGGACGAGAGAUUGGACUUUGUUAUCUACGAUCAAGGCGCCAAUCCCGAAACCAGUUGGCCGACCUAGUGGAGAUACAGCACCUUUGGGCGGUGCUCCGAGUGGAAUUAAUGACUUUGCGGUACACCCUUCCAUGAAAUUGAUGAUCUCGGUAGGAAAGGGAGAGAAAUCGAUGCGCCUAUGGAAUUUGGUGACUGGAAAGAAGGCUGGAGUGCUGAAUUUCGAAAGGGGAAUGCUGGCAGAGGUCGGAGAAGGCAGACACAGUAGUGGAGAGGGACGGAAGGUGACAUGGGGCUCGACAGAUGCAGGAGAGGAGUUCUGUGUUGGGUUUGAGCGGGGUGCUUUGAUUUUUGGAAUGGACAGCAAGCCAAAGUGCAAGGUUGUGCCACAGCCAAGGACGAAGAUACACGAAUUGUGCUAUAUUCAGGUAGAUGAGGAGCAGGAUAUUCAAGUGCUCGCGACAUCUACCGAAGACGGGAGGAUACUGUUUUACUCGACGAGACCAGCGGAUCUUGUGUUAUCAGAAGCGGUCGAGGGGAAAGAGACGCCUCUGCCAUCUGCGAAAUUGAUCGCACAGCUUGGCGGAAAAGAAGUUGGGCUCUCGGGACGGAUUAAGGACUUCACUGUCUUGAGCGUGGGAGAGGGGGCAUCUAAAGAGCUCUUGAUCGUUGCAGGAGGCAGUGAUGGAGCUUUACGCAUAUGGAGACUUGCACCCAAAGAUCUGACGAAACAUAGUGGAAAGGUCAAGCAGGUUGGGAAGCUACUGGGAACGUACGAGACAACGAAUCGUAUCACAUGUAUGAAAGCAUUUGUUAUGCUACCGAAGAUGGAAGGGGCUGAAGAUGAGGAGAUCGAGGACUUUGAAGGUUUAGAAGAUGAUGAGGAGGCAAGCAGUUCUGAUAGCGAGUAA